CCCUCCCCUUCCCCCUCCUCCUCCCUCCCCUUGUUCCCCUCAUCGCUGUGCAGGACGUCAUGAGCAUAGUAAUCGCGCUGGGAGUCACCACACCAGAAACGUCCUACUCAGAUAUGGCUGCUGGAUCAGACCCUGAGUCAGUGGAAGCAAGUCCUGCCGUGAACGAGAAAAACUACCCCAACCACAACUGUGGGAGUGCACACAGUCAUGGGUAUCGAGGACUGCCAUAUACUAUGCAACAGUCUUCCGUUGUGUGUUGUCAGGAUCACAACUAUGGCGCGCCCCCUCCCCCCACCCCACCCGCCUCCCCGCUCUCCCAAACCAUCAUUCCCCGCAUGGAGCUCAACCCCGCCUCCCGCUACCAUGACAACGCCACCAAUGGCGGCCAGGAGGAGAACUCUGCCGACAGCGAAAGCUCGUCGGAGGAAGACGGGGCUGUGGCCAGCUGGUGCCACUGCAGCCUGACGCAGGAUGGCUUCCUCAUCAAGUGCGAGAGCUGCAGGGGGCUGGACAGAAGGAAAGGACUGUAUGGCCAACGCAGGAAACCAGAAAAUGUAUCAGUGGGCGAGAGCAGUGCCAUGGAGAGCGGCGACGAGGAGGUGUCACCCGCAACAGUGUCCUACACGGCCACACAGCACACGCCCACCAGCAUCACGCUCACUGUCAACCGCGUCAAGCGGAACAAGUCCAAGAAGAGGAAGAAGAGCACGGAGAAGGCCCGCGGAGUGCCCAAGGGCAAGAAGAUCAAGGCCUUCAGAGAGGGUUCUAGAAAGUCCAUGAGGAUGAAGAACUCCACGACGGAGGCCAGCGCGGUGGACGAGACUACAGCGGAGGGCUGGGAGAGCCGCAUCCGCCAGUGGACGGACCAGUACGAGGAGGCUACAGCCAACCAGUACAGCGCCGAUGUCCAGAUGCUGCUCCACGCCGAGGGCGUGGCGAGUGAGACUACCUCACCGGCCCAGGUCAACGCCUCGGCCAAUGCCAUGGACACAAUUAACCGGACAGAGCUGGCGUGCAACAAUACAGUGCUGGGCUCUCAGAUGCAGUUACAGCUGGGGCGGGUGACGCGUGUGCAGAACCACAGGAAGGUCCUGCGGGCGGCAAGGGAUCUAGAGCCAGACACCCUGAUCAUCGAGUACCGGGGCAAGGUCAUGCUGAAACAGCAGUUUGAGGUCAACGGACACUUCUUCAAAAAGCCCUACCCCUUUGUGCUGUUCUACUCCAAAUUCAACGAGGUGGAGAUGUGCGUGGACGCGCGGACAUUUGGGAAUGAUGCACGCUUCAUCCGGAGGUCCUGCACGCCCAACGCAGAGGUUCGGCAUAUGAUCGCCGAGGGCAUGAUCCACCUCUGUGUCUACGCUGUCACGCAGAUCCCCAGAGACGCAGAGGUCACCAUCGGCUUUGACUAUGAUUUCAAUAGCUGUAACUAUAAGGUGGACUGUGCCUGCCACAAGAACAACCAGCAGAACUGCCCUGUGCAGAAGCAUAACCUGAACCCGCGCGAGACCCUAGGCUGCCCCGGCACGGGUUCGCUGCUCCCACCCUCCCAGCUCACAGGGCACACGGGGGCAGAGACGCGGCGGAGGAAGGCCCGGCGGAGAGAGAUAGAAGGGUCAGGCGGCGGCUCAGGACUGGGUGGGAUGUCGGACGACAGUAACCAGCCGCCCGAGGAGAGUGGUGAGGUCCGGGAGACGCUGCAGGGCAACGGCAGCCUGGGCAACAGUGAUGUUGAGGAGGGCCUCCUCAAGCAGGAGGAAGGAGAGGAGGGCGAGCUGGACCAGAACGGAGUCCUCAUCUCCAGUAGACAGAAGAGGACGUCUACCACAGGGGGCAUAGAUGAGCCCAAACAGGAGGGCCUGGAUUGCGAGGAGUGGAGCAGAGGGAACACCACAGGGAGUAACCCCACACCCCACCAAGCAGGGGUGGGGAUAAGCACCCGUCGUGCAACUUACGCGACUGAACCAUCCUCAGCAGCCGACGCAGACAAGACCCAGACGUCCGCCGCUCCCCUCCCGGCCCCCCUUGCUCCCCCCAAGCCUCCCCCGGCCCGCUCCUCCAAGCCCCGGCCUAAGAGCCGUAUCUCGCGCUACCGCUCCAGCUCGUCACAGCGCGCCCGGCGCCAGCGGCAGGCCCUGGCCCAGCAGCAGGCGGCCCUGGAGCAGGGGGUGGCGGCUGAGAUGCAGGAGAGCCCCCUGGGGGCCCCUGGUUCAGAGCUGGGCCUGGUGGACGGGGCACUGGGAGUCGGGCAGGUCUUAGACGGAGAAGGCCUGAGUGCUCUGAACAAGGGCAACCUGCCCAAGACCAAGAAGUAUCUGGUGACAGAGUGGCUGAACGACAAGGUGCUGGACAAGGCAGCCCAGCAGGAGGUGCCCACGGUGGAGCGGCAGCUGCGCAUCACCACCGACCCCACGGUGCUGGCCACCACCCUCAACAUGCUGCCGGGCCUGACGGCCUCGCCGCUCAUCUGCACAGCGCCCAAGCACUACGUGCGCUUUGGCUCGCCCUUCAACCCCGAGCGCCGGCGCCGGCCCGUCAGCGUGGACGCAGCCUAUGGCUCCUUCAAGAAGAGAUGGAUCCAACAGGCCCAGUGCGAGAGUGGGCCGUGCUCGGGAGGCCUGGAGGACGGCACCGAGUCCACCUCCUCUCACCAAAGUAACAGCAGCAGCUCCACCCCCAACCCUUUUAAAGCAGAACUGGCGGCACCCCCCAAGAAGCGGCGGUCCAUUUACGGCCCAGAGGCGGAGGCGGCUCCACCACUUCCCGGAUCAGAAGAACACAGUCUGCUACUGCGGCCCCUAUCACCCAUCACGCCCCCGUUGCCCUCAGACCACCCCUUACUCAGCCCCGCCUCCUACGCUGCCCCCGCGCUGCUGGGUCGUUACGGCGACGAGGAGCACCGGCUGUCCAAUGGCUAUUCACCGCUGCCCUCGCUGCCCACCAGCCGCUGCAACACGCCGCUGCAGUUUGAGAACAUAUCGUCUCCAGAGGCCUCUCCUGUGCACAGGCCGGAGUCCAUCUCUCCAGAGCCGUGCCUGCGGCCCGACUUUGACGCCCAGUGCUGCGCCCUGCAGUUUCCAGACCUCUCUCUGUCCUCGGGCCUGGAGAGCCCCGUGCCUGCCAUGUCGGAUGACUUCACUCUCCUCUUGGCAACGGGGCCUCCUCCCGACACACAGGGGCCGCUCACCCCCUUGACACCGGGUACCCCCUCCGAGUCGGCCCUGCAGGCCAGAGAGCAGAGCUUCAGGACGGAGUUCAACCUCAUCUACACCUGCUCUCCACUCAACGCCAACCUGGGAAACCUCGCCCCUGCUGCCCCCACCGACAGGCGCAUCAGCCAAUCAGAGGGCAGCUAUUCCCCGGCUGAGUCCUUCUACAGCACCGUGAGUGGCCAGGGGAUCCUGGCGGAGGCGGGGUCUGACUCGCUGUCGCCCUACGGCGAGCCGCACUUUGGCGGCAGCUACCCGGAUGGCGGCACGCCACCCCACCACACCAGCAACCCACCACAGAAGAAGAAGGUGUCUCUGCUGGAGUACCGUAAGAGGAAACAGGGAAGCAGCAGGGACCCCGAGCACGGGGGCAGCUCCCUGGGUACCCCCACCCGCCUCGGCUCCAUCUGUGCCAGCGCCGAGUCCCCCAGAGGCCCCCAUUCCCUCCACUUGCAGCCCUCGUCCUCCCCCCACAGCUCCUUCUCCUCCCCCCCCCAGAUGGAGGAGGUGAGCCCCCCAGAUAACCACCACCACACCGCCCCGGGACCACCACAGCAACAGCAGCCCAGAGAUCAGGAGGGCAUCAGCCACUGGAUGGUGCCCACAACAGUAGAGCGGCUGAGGGAGGGCCAGGGAGUCUUAGAGCGGGUACUAAGGGGCUCCCUCAAGAUGGACCGUGUGCUGAAGAGGACGGGUGGCUCGGCUGCUGACAAGGACCCUGAUGCAGACCGGUAUGAGAUCCAGACAGUUCCCCUGGCCUCUCCCAUGAAGAGCUCACAGACAUAUAGCCCGUCUGUCUACACUUACCAGGUGCAGCCCCCCUUAUCGGAGAGCCACCAGCAGACAGUGGACAGUCCGGCCUUCCUUCAGCAGAGCGUGUCCUCUCCAUUCCAUGGCUCCUACAGCCCCUCGGCCCCCCUUCCCUCAGUUCAGGGCUUCUACCCUCGCCUGUCUCAAGACCACUCGCAGCAUCAUCCACAACAGCCACUCAACUCCUCGCCCUCCUUCCCCAACCAGACAACCUCCUCUGCAGACUCAGCCCUAUGUGAGGCUUCCAGACCACCAGGAGGCGCUCUGCACCAGUCGAGCGGCAGCAGCAGUAUGGACGGGUCCCACACGUACAGCGCCGGGAGCCAGCUAAAAGCCAGCCUCUUGAACAGCGGGUUGUCAGGGUCUCCUACCCCUGGCUCCAGGGCUCACGGCAACCCUAAAACAGACUUGGGCGCCAGUGUGGCGGGGAACCACACCUCCAGACUGAGCCAGCAGCUGGCGUCCCGGAGCCUGAAACCAGGCAGCCCCGGGCAGACGGUGCUGCAGGCCGGCUCCAGGCUUCUGGCGGCCACCGCCGGCCAACACUACCCGCAACGCGGGGCACCACUCAGUCCGUUCCAGCACCCCCCCAUACAGGGGCCAGGAGUAAGGACACAGUCAGGAAGCGUUUAGGAUGUUGUGUGUGUGUUUUUGAGUGAGUGAAAUGGUGUACCUCCUCUCCUAAACCCUCUGGAGAAACUAGGCUUGGGGAUAUGUACAGACCUCCGAGGAGCCACGACUCUGCUUCUUGUAUUUCUCCUUAUUUUCUGUCUUUCUUUUUUCGGAAAACAAUUUACUGUGUUCUGCGGAAAACAAUUUACUGUGUUCUGCGGAAAACAAUUUACUGUGUUCUGCGUCAAGCUAAUGGAGGAACUUCAACAUCCUCAAGGAAUCAAUGGAAAAACAGGAAGAAAAUAAAUGUUCAACAAAAAAGAGAAAUAAUUUGUAAUUUGAAAUGACCAUGACAUGAACAGACUGUGUAAAACAGGCUAAGUAGAUGGUGAAACUCAACCAUGAGUAUCUGUACAAAGUGUUUAUGUUUUUGAAGAAAUGUACCUGUUGUUUUGGUACCUGGUUUGAUAAUGCUGAGAUUUUGUUGAGAUAACUUUUUGUUAUUUGGCCAGCAGCAGGGUCAGUCCUGCAGUAUACAUGUGUUUAGUUUGGAAAGGGUAAACGAUACCAGCAAGAGCGUAUGUGUGUAUCAUCCGUUAUAAAGAUGCAGAGAGGGUGACAGCUAUGAGCUCCCUAAAAAUCAUUCCAUAUGAUUUCCAACUUUUUGUGUAAAAUGUUUUUCUGAAAACUCUUGAUCUGUUUUUCACUGCUCUUUGUUUUCCUUCACCACUUGACUGUUUUGAUUUGCUAUAUUACUACUUCACAGUAGAUUUGCUAUAUUACUACUUCACAGUAGAUUUGCUAUAUUACUACUUCACAGUAGAUUUGCUAUAUUGUACUUGAGUCAAACAGAUCUUGUAAUUCAUGGUGCUGCAGUUGUUUUCGUUUUAAGUUAUUUACAGUUAAAUCCAGUUAUGUUUCCCACAAAUCGGUUGAUUCAACUCGCCAUCUGUAAUUUGGAAUCAAACUUUUGCCAGAAAUGCAUCCUAGUAAUCGUUAACACCUUUUUGUGCUGGAAUGCAGUGACAGUGAGAAGUAAGAAGAAUAUAUAUAUAUAUAUUAUUUUUACUCCGUUGUUGGGUUUGUCGUCUCUUUUGAAUCCUGUCGGAUUAGUUUUAUCAAAAUGUAUUGAGAAUAUUUUUCUCUCCUUCUGACCAUUCCUUGCAUUCCAUAUGCCACCUAAGAAAACAGGAGGAUGGUUUGAACGGUAUAAAAAAAAGCUGCUUGUGUUCUCAUUUGUUGCUGCUUCAAGAAGUCUCACUUUCCACAGAAUGCUGUACCCCCAUUUUAUUAGGGUCCUUACCAACUGAAUACUAAACAAAAAUAUGAAAAUCACAACGCAAAAUGAGUCAUGUGCCAUGACCACAGCAUUGGGACUUUCAAUCAACGUUAAAUGACAUUGCUGAUGCACGCUGGGAGUUGUAGUACCCUAGUGCCAGGAAGAUGGAAAUCGUUCAGACUGGACAUUCUAAUUUGGUUGGGAGUAAAUGUCUUUGGGGCCCCAGGAACCACACUGGGGCUUCGGAAAGAGGGACUGGCCAGCUUGACCGGACACUUGACCUUUCUUCUUAUUGCCUCAUCCACAGACGUAAGGUACUCACUGUUUGAAUGAAUGUUUGACAGAAGACUUCCUGAGAAAUGUCACCCAAAAUUACCAGCACCUUAAAUAAAGAAAUAACCCCCAAAAUGAAACAAAAAUGACAAUGUAUGAUCAUGUGUACUUGUAUCAAAUGUGUUAAACUGUAAAGAGAAAUCUAGUACACUAAAUUUGCCGCAUGAUAUUUAUUUUCUGGGACUGACAGAUGGUCAGAUUGGGAUGAUUAGGUCUGUUGACAAAGUCUUUGUUUUUACUCUUCACUUUCGACUCCCAGAGAAACUGGACACUGCAUUUUUUGGGGGUGGGGGUGACGUUUAACUCGUUUUAUUUUGUACACAACAUAGUGGUGACUAUGUGGACUCCCCCAUCCAAAAGAGAAAAAAGCAGAAGAGAUGUAAUGCAUUUUCAUAAUAAAAUACUGAUGAUGUAUUUAGAAAAA